AUGCAGUCGCUGAGAGUUUUCCUCAACGAGAGGCUGUCUCUUGUGGCGGAGGAGAUAUUUGAAGCCGUCGAAAAGACGAUAGCCGGGUACACGGAGGAGAUUUUACGCUCGAAAGAUUUAGAAAUAAGUCGUCUCAGAAUGCAGCUGAAACUACUCAAGUCGAAGUCUGUGUCGAACAAGUGUCUUGAAAGCCAGCAGCAGCACUCCGACCACCGCCAUUAUUCUCCUCCCCUUGCUCCUCUUCCUCCUGAACAGCUGCACCAUCAGUCAUUCCCUGCAGUGGCGACCCCUGAGCCCCAUCAUUGUGGGGAGGAGGGGGACAGCAGUCUGGAUCAAGAGCUUCCAGAAAUCUCACUGGUCAAGAAUGAGGAGGAGGAGCAGGAGGAGUCGGCCCACAGUCACUACUGGAUAAACCAUGCAGAAGGCGAAGAAGAACAUGUGGAAGAUUCAGACAUGAGGUCAUCUCCCACUGAUCUGAAAGCCAAUCUGCCUGAGCAAUCCUUACAUUUCCAGCAUUUCCUCAACAACAGCAGCGGUGAGGAGAACAGAGACAAACCCUACAUCUGCUCCGUUUGCGAGAAGCGCUUCAGUAACUGCUCCCACCUGGCAGCUCACAUCAGGACUCACACAGGAGAGAGGCCGUACAUGUGCGAUACAUGCAAGAAGACAUUCAUCACUACAAGUGCUCUGAACAGACACAAGACCAUCCACACUGAGGGGAAACGCUUCAUCUGCAAUUGCUGUGGUAAAUCCUUCAAAUGGAUGGAGUCUCUGGGCAGACACAUGAGAAGUGUGCACAAAGACGGCAUGCCCGAAUGAGCUCCUGCAGGGAGGAGAAAGAUGAGAUCUACACUAAAAUCCAGUGGCUUAGUUAAGUUGCAAAAGGCACACUUAGUACUAUUCCGUUAAAAAUUUCCUCCUGUACCUAUCUUAUUGCACAUAUUUGAAAUAAAGCUAUACAUCAAAACGUAUAUGUU